AUGGAAAAUAAACAUUUAACUAUCUUGAAAGCCGCCAAUGUAGAAAUCGAACCCUACUGGCCAGGUCUUUUCACCAAAGCCCUUGAAGGUGUAAAUAUCAAAGAACUCAUCACAAACAUUGGAUUUGGAGUGGGCGCAGCCCCAGCAGGAGCUCCUGCAGCAGCUGCACCUGCUGCCGAUCCUCCUGAAAUCUCGGUGGAGAGACCCGUUGUUCACUCUGCGGAAGGUUUUGAAGCUCAGCUUGUCUGCAUUGUACACGGAGAGAGUCAACCAGAAGUCCUAUGGUAUAGAGACACGAUGCAACUGGACACAACAGAAAGAAGAAUAAUGGAGUCGCGCGGUUCCCGGCAUACCCUCGUAAUUCGUAAAGUGCACAGAUCAGAUUUUGGAAAUUACACUUGCGUGGCAGAUAAUCAACUGGGGAAAACAAGAAAAAGUGUUCAAUUAACCGGCAAACCAAAUCCUGCCAAAUUCAGCAGCGCGUCGAGAGGUUCCUGGAAGGAUAGUUACAAUAUCAGCUGGGCAGUGGAAUCGCUGAGUCCAAUAGAGGAAUACAAGUUACUUUUUAGAAGACUGCCCGAAACAAAUUCUGAAGACGGUCAUCCGCAACCAUUGCAUCAUCAAAGCCAGAGAAAGUUCGGACCUGGAAAGGAAAAUAAAACAUACGCGGCGGUGGGCUACAGCGUAGGUUACGGUUAUGGGAGGCAAUUCGUAGACAGACGAACAGAUUGGAGGGAUGUAAUUUUGCCCGCCGCUCCCACUCAAUCUCCCGGAGUUCAAUCUAUGAGCUACGUAAUUCGAGGAUUAGAAUCCGGACAAAAUUACGAAGCCAAAGUUCAGGCCAGGAACAAAUUCGGAUGGAGUCCCAUUUCGGAGGCCUUCACGUUUCAAACGACUGAUACAGACAUGUCUUAUCCAGACCGACCGCAAUCUCCAAAACAUGUAUACAAUGAACACGAUAUGCACCAUGAAAUCCUGGGAAUCACACUCAACACAGCAACAAAUCUCUCAUCUUCAUGUGGAAUCAUCUCUCCGGUCAUAAUAGUAUAUAUUGUAUUAUCUAAAUGUAUUUCUUAAGCUGUGUAUGUGCUCUUAGAUAUAUUUCAGAAGUAUAUAUAUUUUCCAUAUGAGAUAAACAAAUUCACUGAUAGGAUGCACACACCAAAACUUAUUACGUUACUCACAUUUAUAUAAGCGUAACAAUUAAAUUUAUGUGAAUAUGAUGCUGCUAUAAAUUCGGAGCUAUGUGCACUUAUUUACUUAUAGUAUAGAUAUAUGAAAAAAGUUAUUUUGGUCUUUUGUACAUCUUGGAUAUUUAUUUGUUUUUGCUCGAAAAGAAAUUCUAAAAACAAAGCUAUAACUUCUAUAAAAAAAAAAUAUGUUAUAGGUAAUUAGUAAUUUUGGAUUUUAAUAUUUUUUUUUCUCUAUUUUCAGAAACAAAAAUAAAUUAAAAACCUUCGGGACAAAUCUCAAAUAAAUAACUAUCAAUAUUUAAAAAUCUCAUCGGAUCCUUUUACAUUGCAAUAUGUUUCUAAUUAAAUGUUUUAAAUAUAAAUAAAUAUAUUUUUUUGAGUUGGAAACAUCUUUCAGAAACAGAGCUCUAAUUUAAAUAACUAUAACAUAUUUAUUUAAAUAAAUAUAAAUUUAAAUAUUAAACAGAACUAUUUUUAAUUGUCACUGCUGGUAAUUUCACAGUUUCACAUUUUUUAUCUGUGUUAAUAGUGUAGGUAAUUAAAAAAUUCAACUUAUACGUUUACUACAAGCAAUUUUGAGUGUUAUAUUUUAAAAAUGAUAGAACUAUAUGUGUUAUAAUAUAUUAGAAUGUAUUAUUUAAAUCAUACUGAAUUAUUGGAGCAACUAAAAAUGAGUUAAGAAUUUUUUUUUGAUUGAAAAUUUGUUUCAAAAUGAACUUUUUUUGAAAAUACACUUUAAUAUACGUGAGUUCUAUAUAUUUUAAAAUACAUUUUUAUAUAUUAUGUUAGUAUUAUAAGGACCAGAAGUUGAAUUUACUGUGAGCAAAUAGUAUAUUAGUCCAAUCAAAUUAAACUUUAAGAAAAAAAUAAAUGUAACCUUGGUUGGGGUUGAACUAAAAUGUUAGAAAGUUUAAAAGUGGUGAAAAAUUGUAUUGUAUGGUGUUAUCGGAAUUUCCAGCAAAAGUUGACGUCGAAAACAAAAAUUUAUAAUGUAAAAUUUGUAGAUCAAACAAAAAUCUACAGCAAAAAUUAACAUAACCUCAACAUUUUCAAUUUAAAUGUAAAAGUUCGUUACUUCAAAAAUAAUUUAAUUUUGAUGAAAUUUGGUUAAAUUACACUUUUAUAUGUCAUAAAUAAGCGCAAAUUUUUUUUUUAAUAAAAAAAAUCCAAAAUAUUUCGCUUGAACGAAUGCCUACCGGUCUUUUACCGGUAGACCGACACGACGGCCUGAUCCGACACUGGAUAGAAUUAAUACCUACUUUAUAAAAUAGGUGAUAUUGUAAAUAAUCAUUUCAUAUAUUUUUAAAAACAAUUUGUACAAUAUUUAUUUUCAUUUCUUUUAAAAAUAAAUAUAAACUGUCACUGUCACGACCCUCAUAUUAUAACAUUAUAUUUAAAAAGGCAUGCGACAUUACGAUGUCGACUGGUUGAAUACCACUCGAUUUUAUGUCUAACAACAAAUGUCGAAUUCGCCAUUCCAAGAUACGUUUUUGCAUUUUUAUUCGACAUUUCAUCAAUGUCGCGUGCGACAUUUAGAAAUAGACAUUGGAGAAUAGGGCCCCUGGUCGCUCAUCAUCAAAAACAGAUGUACGACCACGUUUAAAUUUGUUGAACCAAUAUCUUACGGUUGUCAUAGAUGGUGAAAGGUCCUCAUACUUUGCUUUUAUUUCAUCGCAUAGUUUUUCCAUCCAAAAAUAAAAAGCGAAUUACGGAUCUAUAUUGUUCUUUUUCCAUUUUAUCGAUUAAUAGAAACACGUAUGGUACAAUUGGCUGCCAAAUAAAAACCAACCUAUGAAUCGGUUUUAAACUUAGUAUGGUGUCGUGUGACAGAUGACAGUACACGACAGUAAUGCCAACUUCCCUCAGCAACGCCACCUACCUUCAAACGCGGGUACUUAUUAAUCCACCCUCGUAUUUUGAGGUUAUGUUAAAAUGUGAUCUCUACAAACGUUGUAGAUUUUUGCCCUAAUCUACAAGCGUUUGUUUUUGAUGUCAACUUUCGCUGAAAAUCGCGAUUAUACAAUUUUUCACCCCUUUUCAAGCCCCUAAAACUUCAUUUCAACCUCCCCUCAGGUUGCAUUUUUUAAAUUUAUUUAUUAUAAGCCCCUCUACAAUUUAUACUCAUUAAAGUCCUGUUAACAAUCUUUUUUCUUACAUUUUAAUUUAAUUGGACCAAGUAAUGUCUUAUCUAAUUACUUCUGGUUAACUGUCGACUUUUAGGUCCUAUAUAUAUUUUUUAAUUAACUAAAAUUCCCUUUAAAUAUCGAUUUUAAUUAUCAUUGAUAUCAACUCAUUAUUAAAUUAUUUAAAAUUUAUAAGUAUCACAAAUAAUUUCCAACUUCUUAUCAUUUAAUGGUAUUUUCAAAUAUUUAUAAAUUAUUUUAAUUAUUUCCCAUUUUAAAUUGCAAUUUUUCCAAUAAUUCAGUAAUUUUUAUAAAUGUAAAUACACAUUAUAUAAAAAAAGCUGAAAAUUUUAUUUUAUAUAUAUAAAUGUUGUAUACGUAUAAAUUGUAAGCUAUCAGGAUUAACAUUAAUUAUUUUCUCAUUAAUAUUUGUAAUUAAACACAAAUAUUUUAAAUAUUCAAGCUCUAUUUUAAAUCUCUAUUAUUGUUAAAGCUUUAAUUUUUAUUAAUAUGAAAAUAUAAAGUUUUAACGAUUAAUUUAUGCAUUUUUCACAAAGGGGUCCAAAAUAGCCUACUCUUUUUUAUGUUGUGUACCCAAAGCACAGUGUACUACAAAAAUUUUAUAUCAAGAUUAAUUUUUUAUAUAUUUUAAUCUGAAGUUUAUUUAAUACAACAAAUUUUAGCACAUUUGUGGUGCUCGAGUUUCGAAUUUUACUUAACGACCAUUUGUUAUUCGUUUUAGAAUAAUAAUAUAAAUUUUUGUACUACAAACUUACCCUGAUUUUUCAUCCCUUAAUUGUGAGCCUGCCAUAUAUACGUACCUAUGCUAAAUUAUUGUAAAUAAUAACCAAAUAGAUGCUUUCAACAUAUUUCUACUUAUCUAUAUACACAGUAUUAAUGUAAAUAAUUAAGUGUAUUUUAAAUUCUAAAAUUAAUUAGAUGUAAGUUAAAGUAAGGGCUCGACAAGAGCUUUAUAUGUGAUGCAGAUGGUGAGUUAAAGCUCCGUGUCUAUUUAGAUAUGAUUAUUUUUGUUAUUGUAAAAAAAUUUUUGCUUUUUAUUGUCCUAGUUAGUACGUUCUGGAAACUCAGUCACUAAAAAUAUAUUUAAAACUGUUUUCGAGAAUAUAUUUUUCAAACUUUUGAAAUUAUUUAUGUAAAUAACUAUUAUUUGAUUGUAUAAUAUUUGUGUGCAGGUAUUUAAAAAGUAUAUUGCGAUUAUAUCAACUGAUUUUUCUAAUAAUCGAUAAUAUACAGGGUGUUAUUGAAAUACACGUACAUAUUAAAAUGGGGAAUAGUAUGUAAUGACCAAAAAUGAUUGGCACCAAUUUUAACUUCAAAUUCUAAAAUUUAAAUAUUGGGGAAGAGUCCCCUUUUCCGACCUACUAGUUUCCAUAUUUAAAGAAGUAAAUAAAAUAAAUCGAAAUUGAACUUACCCAUAGAAAUUGCACUGUUGCCGUAGCAAAACCAAUUAAUUCAAAAUAAAGUUUAUUAUUUUUAUUAUUAUUUACACACACUUGCAAUCGUCUUUCCAAAGAACUUUGAACAUUAGAAAUUAGUCUUGGAUUUUGUCGUAGUUCCUCGGCUACCGCAUUAACUUUAUUGGUUAAUUGUUCAACACUAUUAAUAGGUUCAUUAUAAACCAGUUGUUUCAUGUGACCCCACAAAAAGAAAUCGCAUGGAUUUAAGUCCGGAGAUCUCGGAGGCCACUUAGUAGGUCCAUUUCUGCCUAUCCACUUUUGAGGAAAUCUAAUGUUCAAAAACUGCCGUACGUUUAAAUCAAAGUGAGGAGGAGCGCCAUCUAGUAGGUACCACAUCCGUUGCCUUAAUUGUAACGGUAUCUCUUCUAGGAGUACUGGCAAAAUAUCUUCUAAAAAGUGGAGAUAUCCUGGCCCAUUUAAUCUGUUCGGGAGAACAUAAGGCCCGAUUAAAUACUGAUCUAUUAUGCCAGCCCAAGCAUUUAUUGAAAAUUUUCUUUGAUGCCCAGUUUUCCUAAUGGCGUGAGGAUUUUCAUCACUCCAAAUAUGCGUAUUGUGCAUAUUGAACACGCCAUCACGAGUGAAUGAAGCCUCGUCAGUAUACAAUAAUAUUUUUAGAAAAUCAGGAAUAUCAACACAUUUUUGAAUCAUCCAUUCACAAAACUCCACUCUCUUUUCUUCAUCACCUGGAUAUAAGGCCUGGACUUUUUGGAUGUGAUAAGGAUGUAAACCUUGUUCUUUAAGUGUCCGCCACACAACAAAUGAGGACACUCCAAUUUCAAGACCUAGUCUUCUACAACUUAAUUGAGGCCGGUUUUCAACAGCUUCCAAUGUUUCUUCUUCGGCCGCCAAUGUUCUUUGUGUUCUUGUUCUCCCUCGAUCUGCAUUGACACUCUCAAAUUUUCCAUGGUCUCUUAGAUGCUGAACAGUUGAAAUAAACGUACGACAGUCCGGAAUUCUCCGAUUUGGAAACCGUUCGCGAUACAGGAUUUGUGCUUGCCGAGAAUUUUCUCCAGCUGCCCCAUAAACCAGCACUAUAUCCGUUAGUUCAAUAUUCGUAAAUAGUGGCAUCGUAAAAAAAUAUUUAAAAGUAAUCGUAACAACACUUUUUACCAACUUGGAAAUGACGCGCUCGUGUUAGCCAGAUUCGUAAAUCAACUAAAAUUUUAAUAAUCUAUAGUUUCAAAAAUGUAUAGUUUAAAAACAAUCAUUUAUCAAAUUAAUUCGAAAAACUUGGCAACAUGGUUAUUUCUUACAAGACUAGUUUUCUUAUCAUCUGACAAAAACUUGCAUAUUAAUUACUGUUGAUGUUUAAAAUAGGUAAAUAAACCUAAUUUAUAUAGGUCAUCCUCAACAUAUCAGUGAAGUACGUUUGUUUUAGAAUUAAUUUUCAAAAAUUAAUAACUCCCUUAAUAAGGGGUAUUUUUAAAAAAUAAUAUUUUUCUACAUUCAGUGGGGAUCUGCGCAAUACCCAGUUUUAAUAUGUACGUGUAUUUCAAUAACACCCUGUAUAAAUAAGAUGUUUUUUUUUACUUUUUCCUUUUUGUUAAAAGAUCGUAACAACCUUUUAAAUCUAAAAUUUCUAUAUUAAUAGAGAAUUACGAAAAUCAGUCGAUUAUAUUUUAUAAAUAUGUAAUUAGUUCCACUAAUCAAAACUUAAACGUUACACCAAAAAUGUUUAAAUGAAAACUUCUUUUUUUAGUGACUAAGUUGUGAAUUAGAAAGUCUGUUUCGUGUCCUUUGUGAAACAAAGGUAGUGAAUGUACCUCUUUCCCGUACUGUAAGCUACAUCAUUGUGAAUAAAUGUUAGUCACUAAAUGUGCUAAAAUCGAAAGCGAAAGUUUUUAGUGCCCAAAAGACAUUUAAAGAAUGUAGGAAUUGUUUAUAAUGAAGAUAUGGAUAUAUUUGUAUAAUGCCGAAUUUGGAUGUGUGAAAUAAAGGAACUGAUCAUAAAAUUUAACUAAUAAACCAUGUUUAUAUUAUAA